AUGGGUCAAAAGAAAUAUAACCGUCGCCGUGAUGGCAGCAAACGUCCGCCAUUGAAAUCUGUCGAAAAUACGACAACAACUGAUGGUCCGCAACCACAAGUGCAACACUUGCAAGCUGUUCAAAAGCCUCAACCUCGAGAACAACACUUCGAAGCGGCUCAAAAACCUCAAUCACAUGUGCAACACUUUGAAAGUCCUUCAAAAAAUCAAACUAGCUUUGCUACGAGACCUCGAAGAGCAGAUCAAUCGGAAAAUUGGCGAAAACCUGAAGUUCAGAGGCAACAAUCGAGUUGGAGAAAUCAACGAGAGCCAGCUGUCGGGAACACCAGAGAGCGAAAGGAUGAAGUUAGAGAAUGCUCGAAUCAACAAUCCGAACAAUCAACAAGCACAAUCGUAUUCCAACAGAAGGCUCCGACAAAAGUAGAGAGAAACACGAAUGUUCGAUCAUUUGAAUCAAAAUUCUCUUCAUUUCUCGAUGGAAUCGAUCCAAUAUUUCGAAAUGCUUGCAAAAUUAAAAAUAUUGGAGAGGAUGUCGCGAAAUUGAUUGAAGAAUUGAACAAAAUUGGUCUCAAUAACUUCUGGCCUUUCGAAAAUCCCAACUUCCACACAAAUAUCAAUGAGUUGCGCAAAGUCUUCGAAGAAUUAUUCAAAAUUGUCAAAACUUGUUUUAUGUUUCUUUGUUAUCAACGAGGAUUCAUAUUUAUUCAAGCGGACAAGAGUAGAAAAUAUUCAAAUGCAUGGAACAAUUCAAUCGACGUUGAUGGUGAAUUGACGAUUUUGAAGGAGGUGGUGAAAAAGUUGAAGAAUUUGUGCGAGGAGAAAAAAUGGACAGAUGAAGGAGAUUUGAGUUUCAGCAACAAUGUUGACAAAUAUUUCGAUUUGUUGGUGCCAGCCCUGAAAACAUCUGAUAUCGAGGUUCUUUCGAACCAUGGAAUUAUCGAUCGAUUGAAUUCAAUAUCCUCGAGGAAAAGCCUUGGUUUCGAAAUUUCUGUGAAAGAUGUUGAUGAUGUAAUUUUCUAACAGUUCCAUUUUAAAUACCUAUUUACACUUGUAUUUUUCCAGAUGCUCUCAACUUCAUUGAAAAUGCGAGGAUUUGGCGAUUUCACAGCAACUGCUUCUCAAUGUGUCGAAGUCUUCACAACAUCCAAUCAACUCGAGCAAAUCCUGGAAAAAUCUGAAGAAAUCCUCAAAAUUGUUGAUAUUCGUUGCGGAAAUGCCGCUUUGAAAGCAAUCACUCGAUUAUUCGGCCAAAUUUCAGAAGAAGAAAUCGCUGCAAUUUUUGAGAAACUCGACAAAUUCGGCAAAUCAACGAUGAGCAGAUUCCUUGGCUAUUCACCAAAUGAGAUUAUGUCGCGAGCAAAGGAAACUGAAGAUGUUUAUAAAUUGUUUUAUCUGGCGCUUCCUGGAAAAUCCGGAGAAAAUCAUUUUAUCACAUCUAAUGAAGCUGGAGAUGCAAUCAGAGCAUUUUAUGCGCUUUUUGAUAUUCAAGAAGUCAAUCAAAUGCUUUUCCAAAUUUGUUGUCAUUCGAUGGACAAUAAAAAUCAAAAGCAAAUCAUCCAAGCUCUGAAAAAUCUUCCCGAAUCACUCAAGAAAACCCUCGAAAUUGGUGAAGAAUUUUUCUCUGGAGAUUACAGCAACAAUGAGAAUAGUUUAUAUUUUCAAAUUGGAAAUGGAAUCAACAAAUUAUCAUCCGAUAAACAAAUUUCAAAGUUUAUAAAAGUGUUGAUAUCCGCCAAACCUGACAAUAUUCUAUCUUAUGAGCGAAUCUUCCGAAUGUGCAUCAAAUCGAUCAAUUUGCCAGAAUCGAAAAAUGUAUCGAAUGUUUUGUUGACAAUUGGAAAAGAUCUGCCAAUUGAGGAUUUGAAGUUUUCCAAGGAUUUCAUACAGGAUUUGAUUUUGAGCAUGUUGCGCAUUUAUUCGUUCCCUGUUGAUGUUAAUUUGAGUGGAAAAUACGAUUUUCUAGGUAGGUUGAAUUUUUUUCGGCGAUAUCUAUCAGAAGUUUAUGAAUCUUUUUUCAGCCAGCAUGCUGGUUCAAGUUUUCGAACUUUGUAAAAUCAAUGAUGAGAUUCAAUUGGAUGUCGAUUAUUUGGUGAAAGAAUGGGAGGUUGGAUUUUAUCGCUUUUCAAGUUUGAAAACAUGAAUAUUUUUGCAGAAACUGAACCAUCCUUGGUUUGUAAAACUGUAUCUACAAGAAUGGUUUAACGUGUUGUAUUUCCCAACAAAGCCUAAUAUUGUUUAUCCAUGGAGUUCGAUUGAAUCACCAACAAUUUCGGAUUAUGCCGAAUUAGUCAAAUUAUCAACAUCUUGGCCACAUUGUGCUGAGAUCAAUUUGAUCACCCAUUGUAUGUCAAAGGUUUUGCCGAAUGAUUUGAACUCUGUUGAAAUUCUUGAAGAAAUGUUGAAGCGGGUUGAUGGUUUAGAAAUUGUUGAUCGUUGGAAGGAUGUGAGUUCGGAUCUAAUUUUUGAAAUUAAAAAAAUUCAUAUUUCAAUAUAAAUUUUUCCAGCGACUCAAAUGUGCAUACAAAUCGAAAAUCGAAGAUCGCAAGUAUGCUAAACAAGAAAAGUCAUAUGAUAACCCUGAUGGAGCACAUGAAAAUGUUGGAAAUGAGGAGAAGAAAGAGAUGGAAGGGCAAGAAUUUGUGGAGAGGAUCGCGGAGAAAUCGAGAAACAUUGUGGAGCUUCCGGAGGAUAAGGUAAACAUUUACUGGAUUUUUUUUUGAAAAUUAAAAUUGAAAAGUUUGUGAAUUACGAAUCUCAGCAAAAAAUAAAAAAUCAUCGAUUUCAAUCGAACAUCUCGAAUUCAAAGUGUUUUUGAAUUACUGAAAAUUAGGCUUAAAAUCUUCGAUAUUUAUUGAAAAAUGAAAAAAAAAACGGUAUAAUUUCCAGGAAAAAUGGUUGGGCCAUAUGGCUCCAGAAUUUUGGCGUGCUCUAACACAAGCUCAACAAAAAGAAGUCAAAAAAUAUCGACUCGAACAUCCUCGCCUCAAACAAUAUCGUCCUGCUCCUCGCAAAACCGAAUAA